AUGGAUUUCAUAUCCACUCUGUACGAAACCUUCUCCGGCCAAACCUUAGGCCGGCCGGAUAAGAAGCGCAAGAGGAAACUGCGCGCUCAACGCGGGGUCUCCGUCGCAAAGUCGCCGAUUUUGAUGUCGUUAAAGUCGCCGCAAAAAGGGAAAGUCGCGAAGAAGAAAAGCGCGAGACCAAAUUUGAAAUCCAUAACGAACACGAGUAACAACAACAACAACAACAACAACAAGCCGGUGCCGCCGAACAAGAAGAGCAGCGGCAAGAACAACAACAACACCACCACCACUGAUGAGAAGAAGAGAACGUCGGCGAUUCAAUCUGCGAUAGAGAGCGGCGAAAAAAGCACGCUUCCGUCGUUGAUGCGAAAGAUUGAAACCAAGAAACGAGCGAUACUCGUGCAGAUCGAAGCGUUGGAGAAGGAGGUGAGGACGAAGAAAGCGGAAGUGGUCGAGCUGGAGAAGGAAUUGUUACUCGGCGCGAGCAGUUGGUAA